AUGAAGAAAAAGUGGAGGUCGAAGGUUAUUGGGGAUUGUCCGACAGAAUUGCGAGAAGCUAUCGCAAGCAUAAUUUUUGCUGCUCCUAGAUGUUCCGAUUUGCCAGAUUUGUUGCAGAUCAAGAACUUAUUUACUUCAAAAUAUAGGAAGGAGUAUGUUGCAGCUAUUGCCGAGCUUCGUCCAGAUACUAGUGUCAACCGUACAGUUAAUUGGCUUUUAAUAAUUGAGAAACUUUCAGUUAGUGCUCCAUCACCCGAGGCAAGGCUCAGUGUGUUGAAGGAAAUUGCAGGGGAGUACAAUGUGGUUUGGGACUCCUUUCAAACUGAAGCAGCACUUAAUAAAAAGCACGAAGAUUUACUGCCGAGCUCUCCAAGAUCUUCAACUUCUAAUGGGGCACAUCCUAUUCUGCCUUCGGAGAGUAGACUGGGAUCUCAACACCUUCAAGUUCCCAGUCCAACAAAUGAAAUUGAACAAUCAGCUAAAAGUAGUAAUGCCGUUCUCGUUAGUGAUACUAAAAGGGAGACAACAUUACAAUCAUCCGAUGUAUUGGAAAGAGCUCGAGCUGCUAUUGCCUCCGCAGAACGUGCAGCCGCUCAGCUUGUGAAUGCUGAAUUUGGUUUGUUGAAACUAGAAGGGAAGUCAUCAUAG